AUCAAAGUGUCAAAGUUUAGGAAAAUGUGCGCCGAAAAUAGUUACCUGUUCUCGGUUCCCAGUGUUGAGAAGGCUCCGGAGAAGUACGAUGACCGUGUCGGCGAGUUGAACGAUUUCUAUCGGAACAUUGCUGUGGAGCAGUUGCGUGAAGAUGACACACUGCGGGCACAGGGCCUGGAGCAACUUCGCGACUGGAUCGCCAAGCACCCUCAUAUCCAAAAGUGUCGUACGGAUGCGCCAUUCCUAUUGCGGUUCCUUCGAGGCAAGAAGUACUUGAUCAACACCGCUACUGAAACGUUGGAACGAUACCUGGUGGCUCGAGUGAUGUACCCGCAGUGGUUUACCAAACUGGACAUCGAAGAACCGCAACUCGCCGGUCUGGUUGAUACGGGUUAUCUUUUCCCACUACCAGAGCGAGAUAGCCAGGGACGCGCACUGGUCUUCAACGAAACGGGUCAACUGGAUCCGAGCAAGUUUACCGCUUCGGAUGUGGCCCGUAUCCACAUGAUGGUCAACGAAUCCUUCUUCGAUACCAACGAAGUGCAAUGCGCUGGUCUGGUACUGGUGUAUGAUCUCUCCGGAAUGACGAUGGGCCAACUGAGUCUGGUGACGUUGAACGAAAUACGAGUUUUGGCCUCGUUCAUGAACAAAGCCUUCCCACUGAGAAUUCAGGAGAUCCACUUUGUGAACACUCCCGGAGCGACACUUCAAAUUGCAAACUUCGCCCUAGCUCUACUCAGCGAGAAACUCCGUGAGCGCGUCUUCUGUCAUAAAAAUUGGGACGAAUGCUACACCAAGGUGGACAAGAACCUUCUACCGAAGGAAUUUGGCGGUAAGAUCCCGAAGGCGGACAUGAUCGAUGCUUUCAAGAAGCGCUGCCAGAAGAUGCGUGGUCGUAUGCUGUUGGUCGACGAAAUGGACAUCGAAGUCACCAAGGACUCCAAAUAUUGGCAGGAAAAUUCCGAUAUCGAACUGGAGAGUGGGGCGGUUGGAAGCUUCCGCCAGCUGACGGUGGAUUGAUUGAUGGAAUCACGAUCGGUGGUUAUUGUUAUUUGCGUUUUUGUGUGUUUGUGU